UGGUAGGGAGGCAGAAGCAAUUCCCACCAACUGUAGAAAAUUCCAUUGAGUGGGUCUCUCUGAAUUGCCAUUUUUUCUAGAUAUCAGUUUCUAAUUCAUCAGUGUCAUUGUCCUAAAGCUUCUAGGAGAUGUCUCUUGAGUUUCAGUACCAUUCUGGUAGAAACUAAAAGUGUUGAAAUAUCGACUGUCUCAGAAAACACCCUCUCUGAGGGCUUUUGGGUAAGACUGCACACACGUUCUGUUGCCUAGGUCAGCAGAUAGUUGAUAAAUAGGUAAUAAUAAGAAAACCCUGCUAACUAAGCAAUAAUUAUUUGACAUGCCGUUCCCAAGUAGAUAGUGUUAUUUAUUCUCUUGUCACUUACAGCUUCAGGGGAGCCAAACCCAUGAACUUGUCCUUGGCUAGCCGCCAACUCCACGAGAUCUAUAUAAGGGGAGCCCUCCGCACCCCAGCAGGGAAACACUGAGCCAUCUUCUUCCCACCUUCUUAGUGUCACUCACUCCUCUUGUGUCAGAAUGAGCAGGCAGGUCAAUGCCUUGAGGUGCCAGAGGGGAAGCUUCAGCAGUGGCUCAGCCAUUCUGCCGGGAGGGUGCUGGAGAAGGGCAGGGAGCUCGCUGUCAGUCUACAAGAGCAGCGGCCGCUGUCAUGGCUCUGCCUGGCCUGGAGGUUACAGUAGUCAGAGUCUUAUUAGCCUUGGCGGGAGCAAGAGCGUCUCCGCCAGUGUAGCUGGAGGCCUGGGCCAUGGUGGCAGUCUGGGGAGCUACAGGGGUGGAUGUUUUGGGGUGGGCAGCCUCGGUGGGGUAGGCUUUGGCCUUGGCAGUGGUUUUGGGGGUCUGGGGUCUCUAGGCCCAGCAGUCUGUCCUGGGGUCAUCCAGGAAGUUGUAACCAACCAAAGCUUGCUGGAGCCUCUGGAUGUGAAGAUUGACCCUGAGGUCCAGCAGGUGAAGCAGCAGGAGCGGGAGCAGAUCAAGGAACUCAACAACAAGUUCGCCUCCUUCAUUAACAAGGUGCGCUUCCUGGAGCAGCAGAACCAGGUGUUGGAGACCAAGUGGGAGCUGCUGCAGCAGCUGGAUGUCAGCACCCACACCCCCAGCCUGGAGCCCAUCCUGGAGGGUUACAUCGGCCGCCUCAGGAGGCAGGCAGACAAGUUCACGGUAGAGAAGACCCAGCAGGAAGCAGAGCUGAGGAACACUCAGGGUUCCGUGGAGGAAUACAAGAAGAAAUACAAAGCAGAAAUCAACAGCAGGACAAAUGCCGAGAAUGACUUUGUGGUGCUGAAGAAGGAUGUUGACAGUGCCUACUUGGUCAAGGUGGAUCUCAGUGCCAAAGUGGGCGCCCUGCAGCAGGAGGUUGAAUUCCUCCAAGUCUUCUAUGCUGCUGAGCUGGCCAAGGUGCAGCAGAUGGUCAACACCACCAAUGUGGUCCUCUCCAUGGACAACAAUCGGCACUUGGACCUGGACAGCAUCCUCUCCGAGGUCAAGGCCCAGUACGAGCAGAUCACUCAGAGGAGCAAGGCUGAAGCCGAGGCCCUGUACCAGACCAAAUACCAGGAGCUCCAGGUCACUGCCGGGAGAAAGAGUGAUGACCUCCAGGUGAUGAAGAUGGAGGUCAGUGAGCUGAACCGAGCCAUCCAGAGACUUCAGGCAGAAAUCACCGGCCUCAAGAAACAGUGUGCUGCCCUGCAAGACGCCAUCCUGGAGGCGGAGCAGAAGGGUGAGGCAGUCCUCAAAGAUGCUCAGGACAAGCUGGCUGAGGUGGAGGCUGCCCUGCAGCAGGCCAAGGAGGACCUGGCCCGCCUGCUGCGUGACUACCAGGAGCUGCUGGGAGCCAAGCUGGCCCUGGACGUGGAGAUCGCCACCUACCGCAAGCUGCUGGAGGGUGAGGAGAGCCAGUGA